AUGCCGUCCGCGGAGGAAUAUGGGCGACGACGUGGGAUGAAUGUGCGCGAUUCUCUAGUGUUUCUUGUGGACUUUCGGGUGUCCAUGAUUCGAAAGGACCCGGCCAUCGAUAUUGCUGCAGACAUCUGUGAAACGCCCGGGGCUUCCUCGCUGCUGUCCAUUACGCUGCGAUGCAUUGCGGAUGUAAUGAAGACGAAGAUUGUAGCUCGGAACUCGGAUUCGAUUGCGGUUGUCGCGUUUGGAUGCCGGGGGUCGGAGACACGGAAAGGGUGGCCGGGGGUUCGUGUGCUGCGGCAGCUGAAGCCUGCGGAUGCGACGGGCAUCAAGCUUCUUCAAGGGAUUGCACAGCGACUGGAGGCUGGGGACGGGGAUGAUUUAUUUGAAAUGGAGACGGAGGAGUUAAAAAAGUUGGAGGUACCUGCGACGGACCGUAAUUUUUGCUUUGGUGCAGAUGAGCCGGUUGAGUUUGACAAGGCGCUGUGGGCUGUGAGGCACCAUUUCACAGCCAUAGCAGCGGCACGUCUGGGGGUAAUGCACCGGAAGCGCGUGUUUGUGUUCACGAAUGAUGAUGACCCGGGGAGUGGAAAUCGGGCGGUCAAGCAGCUGUCGCUUACACAGGCGAAGGAUCUGGAAGAUAUGGGCGCAAGCCUGGAUGUUUCGCUGCUGAUGUCUCCAAGUCAAAUGGACACGGGGAUGUCCGAGGGGCCCGAUUCGUCGACGUUUUUCAAUGACCUCGUUUACACGGAGGAUGAGGGGGAUGAGGGGGAUGGGGAGACGCGGGGCUCUGUGAUGAUUGCUACGAUUUACUCUUUCGAUGAUUUGCUGACGAGGGUGCGGAAAAAGGAAGCGAAGAAACGGAUGAUGAGGAAAACAGUUCUAGUGCUUGCAGACGACUACAAGAUUGGAGUAGCACUGUAUGCGUUAGUGAGAAAGGCAAAGAGACCGCCAAAGGUGGAGCUUGUGGCUGCGACAAACAAGCCUGCAUUCAGGAUCACGACGGCGACUUGCGAGAGCGUUGGGGAGGUUCUGAAGCCUGAGGAAAUUCGUUACAUGUUUACGCCGGACUGCUUAAAGAAUGCGCGAGGCAAGGCCGAGGCAUCGAGUGAUUUGGAUGAGACGGUGGCGAAGCCGGCUCCGCUGUUGCACGGGUUCAAGAAGAGUGAGUUAACAAAAGCGAAAGCGUUGGGGCCGAUCGGGCUCGUGGUGUAUGGGUUUAGGAAGAAGAGCGUACUGAGACGAGAGCACACUAUGGGCCCUCCGACGUUUGUGUAUCCAGAUGACACAGAGUACAUCGGGUCUACGAAGGCGUUCACAUGCUUGCUGAAGUGCAUGUUGAAGAAGGGCGUUGUGGGACUUGUGUCAGUUCGGCUGCGAGAGGAGUUCGGCCCUGGGAUGCGGUUUGCAGCGCUUGUGCCGCAGGAAGAGGUAGUAGACGAAGAUGUAGAGAAUAGUGUUCCGGGCGGGUUUCACUUGCACGAGCUACCGUACAAAGAUGAUAUAUACACUGCUUGGCGGAAGGAGAUGAGGAAGCAGGAGGACAGUACAGAGGUGAACGGGGAAGAGGGGGCAUGGGCAAAGCAGGAAGGGGAGGAGGCGGCAUUGGUUGUGAAAGAAGAGGACAUGGAAGCGUCGGAAUUGAGGAACGAACCUGAGAGUGUGUCUGUGACGCGGCGGAUGGUGCGGAAGAUGAAGAUAGCGACGUAUUCUCCGGGUAUGUUUCUGAACCCUGAUCUGCAACGGUUCUAUGCGGGCUUGGAGAAUGCGGCUGGUGUGGAGAGCCGAUAUAAUCCGCAAGACGAUCUUCUGAAUCCAGAUGUUGCGAUGCUGCAGGAGAAGGGAGGUGUGUACGCGGAAGAGAUGAAGCGACUAGUGGUAGGGGCGCAGUUUGACGGAGACGCAUUGGCCGAGGAGUUUGGAACGAAGACGAAAAAGCGAGGUGCGGAGACGCUAGAGAAGAGACUCAAGAAGACUGCGGAGAAGCGGGCAGCGUGCGAGGCGGCACGCGGUGAACUGGAUGAAUUGAUGAUGCUAUCGAUGUUCAAUAAGGGCACAUUAGGGAAGCUUCUCAAGGCCGAUUUACAAGUGUAUUGCCGUGCACAUGGAUUGAACGAAAGGGGUAAAAAGCAAGACUUGGUCAUGGCGGUGGAGGAUCAUAUUGCGGAUAAGCUAGGGAAGGGAGGUGAGAAGUAG